AUGGGCUCCGUCUCCAACCAACAGUUCGCAGGUGGCUGCACCAAGGGGGCCACGGAGGAGGCCACGGUGGCCACGGUGGCCACCGGCCCGGGGGGCGAGGAGCCGCCGCUGCUGCUGCAGGGCGCCGGCGUCUGCAAGUGGUUCAACGUGCGCAUGGGCUUCGGGUUCCUCUCCAUGACCGCCCGCGCCGGCGUCGUGCUAGACACCCCCGUGGACGUCUUUGUGCACCAGAGCAAGCUGCACAUGGAGGGAUUCCGCAGCCUGAAGGAAGGGGAGGCGGUGGAGUUCACCUUCAAGAAGUCAGCCAAAGGCUUGGAGUCCAUCCGAGUGACGGGCCCUGGAGGCGCGUUCUGCGUUGGGAGCGAGAGGCGGCCGAAGGGCAAGAACCUGCAGAAGCGUAGGUCGAAAGGAGACAGAUGCUACAAUUGCGGCGGACUGGACCACCAUGCCAAGGAGUGCAAGCUGCCGCCCCAGCCCAAGAAGUGCCACUUCUGUCAGAGCAUCAGCCACAUGGUGGCCACGUGCCCGCUCAAGUCCCAGCAGUCGCCCAGCUCCCAGGGGAAGCCGGCCUGCCUUCGGGAGGAAGAGGAGGCGACCGGCUCCGCCCUGCUCCCCGAAGCCCAGGAUUGA